CCAGUUCUCAAGCUAUUGAAGAUGGCUACAGGAAUGAGAGCUCUUCUAGAUACAGUGGUUCAGGCUCUACCUCAGGUGGGGAACCUGGGCCUGUUGUUUAUGUUGCUGUUCUUCAUCUACGCUGCUCUGGGGGUAGAACUGUUUGGAGAGCUGGUGUGUAAUGCUGACUACCCGUGUGAGGGCAUGAGUCGGCACGCCACCUUCGAGAACUUUGGCAUGGCCUUUCUCACCCUCUUCCAGGUCUCCACCGGAGACAACUGGAACGGCAUCAUGAAG